AACAGUUCUUCACAUAGCAGCUGCGGAGGGUUAUGAUGAUUGUGUUAAGAUGCUGCUUGAUGCUGGUGCUGACGUCAACUGUCAGAAUGAUGAUGGCUGGACACCACUAUACUAUGCUGUUAAGAACAACAAUGUUGAUAUUGUUCAAAUGUUAUUAAAUAAGUCACGCUGUGAUCUCAGUAAGAAAGGAAGCUAUUACUACAUGGAACUAGAACAUGAAAUUAAUAGUGUAACAGCUCUUCACAUAGCAGCUGCGGAGGGUUAUGAUGAUUGUGUUAAGAUGCUGCUUGAUGCUGGUGCUGACGUCAACUGUCAGGAUGAUGAUGGCCGGACACCACUACACUAUGCUGCUGAGAACAACAAUGCUGAUAUUGUUCAAAUGUUAUUAAAUAAUUCACGCUGUGACUGUGCUCUCAAUAUCAAAGCAAACAAUUACAUCACGCAACAGUCGUUUGAAGUUAAUGGUGAGUAUUAUAUUGAUUUAUAAGGAUGGUGUUAUG